AAUAUAAAAUUGCUGCGCUUAAUUAUUGAACACCCGCAUAAAACCGAACCUUUACAACCACUUUACAACCACUUUCAUAAUGUCCUCGCGUCCCAAACGCGCAGCCAGCGCCAACAUGGCCAAUGUGAUCGCUGCAGAGAAGGCGAACAAAGCCGCCGCAUUGCACGCGUGGCCCAAGAUGUGGGCCACCAAGCUGGAGGCGCAGCUGCAGCUCAUGUUCAUGCCCACCAGGCUGCACCGCCGCCCGCUGCACCAGGGGACUUGCCGCAACUACAGUACCGCCCCGGGCAUCACCGGCGUCAUUGAGCUGACGUCGGCGUUCUACCGCAUGUACCCCAACGCCACCUUCGUGUUCAACAAGGAGACGGCGGCGAAGGGCACCUACCGCGGCGAGGAGGAGACGGCGGCCAGCUGGUGGCUGAAGCACGUGGGGUGAGUGGAGCGUGCGCUGCCUUCCCAUGGGCGUAAAAUUGGGGGUGGGGGGCCCACAUGGGCCUCUGUCGGGGCUCGCCACAAGGAGCCCAGCAGAUCUAUCCCAUGGGGUCUACCCAGUGGGCCGCCAGUCUUGCGCUGGUGGGCGGGUUCAUCCCCGCAUAGGUCAAAAUUGGAGAUCUAUCUAUCACCGUUACGUUGCCGGCCCGAGGUAUCGAGGUAAUUCCGCCUUGCUUGAGAGUGAUGCAAUAACAGCUGGGGAUC